AUGGGGACACACCAAUCGAGAUCCUAGGAGAUAGACAACACUUCAGUCUCACAGCUCUCUCCCAUUGAGGCUGACAGCAUUCCCUGACUGAACUAUAAAAGGCAGCUGAUUGACACACUGUGGUACUACUGUCCAGGAUUAUUAUUGUCUCAGUCAGAGUCUCGUUGGAUAUUAUUUUGAAGACUGUUGGAUCUUGGAUACAGCCAGGGAUGUGGGUGGGUGGUCUCUCCCACGGAGGGUAUAGGGUGGGUGGGCAGUGGCACCCUCUGAGCCUGGCACUGCUGAGUGUGUGGUGCUGCCUGUGCCAGAUGGGCAUAGGGUCAUGGGCACUGGCCGUGUCCGGUGAUGAGAGUCUGCCAGUGGUCUCAGUCCCUGUGGUGUUAUUUCCGACAGACACGGGCGCGGCCACUCAGGAAGGGGCCAGUGAAGGGGCCACGCCGGCCCCCACCUCAGAACACGAGGAUGACAACUCCCUGGGCUACACAGGAUCCCGUCUGCGCCAGGAGGACUCCCCACCCCGGAUCGUAGAGCACCCAUCUGACCUGAUCGUGUCCAAGGGGGAGCCCGCCACCCUCAACUGCAAGGCGGAGGGGCGGCCCAGCCCUACGGUGGAGUGGUACAAGGACGGGGAGCGGGUAGAAACGGACCGGGACAACCCUCGAUCUCAACGCAUGCUGCUGCCCAGCGGCUCCCUCUUCUUCCUACGUAUCGUCCACGGACGACGRUCCAAACCGGAUGAGGGCUCCUACGUCUGCGUCGCCCGCAACUACCUAGGAGAAGCCAUCAGCCACAACGCCUCGUUGGAAGUAGCAUUACUACGUGAUGACUUCAGACAGAACCCUGCUGAUAUAAUGGUGGCAGCGGGCGAGCCUGCAGUCCUAGAGUGUAUGCCCCCUCGCGGGCAUCCUGAACCUAGCAUAUCCUGGAAGAAGGACGGUGCCAACAUUGAUGACAGAGAUGAACGAAUCACUGUGAGUGGAACUGGUUAUAUGUGUGUAUAUGUGUGA